CACUUUUUCCACAAUUUCCCCUCUCCCCAUUUUCUAUUCUUUUCUUUUCUCUUUCCUACCGUCCAAAUAUGAGAUUAAUGACUGGUUUGGUAGGACGGACCAGAGAUAAUUAAUUCUGAGAUUAAAUUUGAGAUGAGUACCCCAUGUUUGGUAGGGAUAAAAUCGUGGCAUAACUAAUCUUAGGAUUCGUUAUUUGGGAUUGUAGCGUUUUUUAUUUCCCAACCAAACGAACCCAGAGGCAUUGAAAGUUGAAAUAUAAGUCUUCUCUCCUUCAAUCUUUCUAAGAACAGAACAAGCAAGAAAACAAGAGGGGCUCAUGGCUUCAUCAAUCUUUAUCAUUCUUUCUUCAUUCAUAGUCCUAUUUUCAGCUUCAUGUGCUGUUUCUUAUACAAUUCAAGAUCAAUUCUAUCGAUGCAUUACUCUUCAUUCGGACCGUUCAAUACCUUUCUCCACAGCUUUCUUCACCCCUACUUCCAAUGCUACUUCAUUCAACUCUGUCCUUAAAUCCACUGCCCAAAAUCUAAGGUGUUUGGCACCUUCUCAACCAAAACCACUGCUUAUUUUCACUGCUUUGAGUGAAUCCAAUGUACAAGCAGCAGUCAUUUGCGCGAAAGAGCUAAAGCUUCAGCUCAGAGUUAGGAGUGGAGGCCAUGAUUAUGAGGGCAUCUCUUAUACAUCAGAAAUGAAAAGAUCAAUGCCCUUCAUCUUGCUUGACUUAGCUAAACUUCGCGCGAUCAAAGUAGACAUUGAGGAUAACAGUGCUUGGGUUCAAGCUGGCGCGACGAUUGGUGAAGUGUACUAUAGGAUUGCUGAAAAAAGCAAGACACAUGGUUAUCCUGCUGGCCUAUGCACCAGCUUAGGAAUAGGUGGUCAUAUCACUGGGGGAGCUUAUGGUCCUAUGAUGAGAAAAUAUGGACUUGGAGCUGACAAUGUUGUUGAUGCUCGGAUAGUUGAUGCUAGUGGCAGAGUUCUUGAUAGGGAAUUAAUGGGAGAAGACUUGUUUUGGGCAAUCAGAGGAGGUGGAGGAGGUAGUUUUGGUAUACUUUUGGCUUGGAAAAUUAGACUUGUUCCUGUUCCAUCAACUGUCACAGUUUUCACUGUUCCAAAGACACUGGAAACUGGUGCAACAAAAGUCCUGAAUAAAUGGCAACAUGUUGCAAAUAAGAUUGAUGAAGAUCUCUUCAUAAGGGUACUGAUAACUACAGCCAAUUCAACUAAAAAUGGGAAGAAAACAGUGCAAACAGCUUACCAAGCAUUGUUUCUUGGCAAAACUGAUAGGCUUCUUCAUGUGAUGAAUCAUAGCUUCCCUGAAUUGGGAUUGACGCGAAAGGAUUGUGUCGAAAUGAGCUGGAUUGAAUCAGUCAUUUAUAUUGCAGGAUAUCCAAGUAGCAUUAAGCCUGAGUUUCUACUUCAAGGGAAGUCAUUAUUCCCUCCAGUAAACUUCAAGGCUAAAUCAGACUUUCUCCGCGUACCAGUUCCAGAAACUGGACUUGAAGGUAUGUGGAAGAAGUUUUUGGAAGAAGAUUCACCUAUGAUGAUAUGGAAUCCUUAUGGAGGAAUGAUGGGAAAGAUAUCAGAAUCUUCCAUUCCUUUCCCACAUAGAAAAGGAGUCAUAUGCAAGAUACAGUACUUAACUUCUUGGACAGAAGGAGACAAGAAAUCUGCAGAUAAACAUAUCAACUGGAUCAGAGGGCUAUAUGAGUACAUGGGCACUUUUGUAUCCAAGUUUCCUAGAGAAGCUUAUGUGAAUUAUAGAGAUCUUGAUUUGGGAAUGAAUAGAAAUGCCAACUCAAAUUUCUUGGAAGCUAGUGUUUGGGGUAAAAAGUAUUUCAAGAAUAAUUAUGAUAGGCUUGUGCUUGUGAAGACUAAGGUUGAUCCUGAUAACUUUUUUUGGCAUGAACAAAGUCUCCCAAUCCUUCCUUUUAAAGUUGGAAAAGAAGGGAAAAGUUUGAUUCACUGAAGAAGCAUUACUUUUGGUUUGAUGUUGUAUUGUAAAAUUUAAGGUAAAAGUAAAAAUAAGUUAAGUUUUGGUUUUCAUUUGGAUUGUAGCAGAAGUUUGUAUUAAUAUAAUGAAGAUUUAACAUAUUUUUGUGCAGUUGA